UUUUAUUUCUUGGUCAAUUUUUACAUCCCUUUUAAUUUGUGAAUGAUAAUUCCUAAGAUUGAUCCAUGUCUUAAGAGCAGCUAGUCGUUCCGAAUCUGCAGGAAUCUGUGAACGAUAAUAUUUGCUGUUGUUAUUUGAAACCGCAGCGAGAAUUAGAGUACAAUUGCUUGCAGUAGUUCCUGUUUUCUGGGAUUUAUAUUGUAGCUUUCUGAGUACGCAUAUGAAAAUUUCCUUCCUUAUGUGAAUCAAUUUGAUAAAUUACCGUCGCGCGUAAAUGACAAUAGGGGCCUUGCUCAUUGUGGCAUUACUUUUCGUUAAUUCAUAUGCGGCUAGCUCGAUGACAGGCCUGUUUCGUUGAUAACUGCUUAUCAAUCGAGAAAAGAGAAAGAAAUGGCGAAUCAUCUCUACGCUUCAAAGAUGGGAGGUGGAAACGACGAUGAACGUGACAAAGGACUUCUUUCGAACAUUGCUCAAGGGUUAGCUCAUGGUGUUCAUGGGGCUCAUGGUCAUGGUUAUCCACCUGGAGCCUACCCUCCGCCACCUGGGGCCUACCCUCCGCCGCCAGGGGCCUACCCUCCGCCUCCGGGAGCAUAUCCUCCACCACCUCAUGGGUAUCCACCUCAUGGUGGCUAUCCCCCAGCAGGUUAUCCUCCUGCUGGCUAUCCGCCUGCUGGUUAUCCUGGUCCCUCUGCUCCAGUGCACGGGUACGGGCAGAGUCAUCAUCAUGGAGGGCCUGGGAUGGGGGCAUUGCUUGCCGGAGGAGCUGCUCUUGCCGGAGCUGCAUACGGCGCUCAUCACCUCAGCCACGGCCACGGCCACGGCCACUAUGGGUACGGUGGUCACAUGGGCCAUGGGAAAUUCAAGCAUGGCAAGUUUGGCAAGCAUGGAAAAUUUAAACACGGAAUGUUUGGAGGAAAGCAUUUCAAGAAGUGGAAGUGAUCUUACUAGUGUUCCUUCAUGAUUCUCCAUGCUCUUGUUUCCAAGUUCUUAUAAAUAAACCACGAUGUUGACAGUUUGUUUUAACUUUGAUGCCGUUAGCUCAUAGAUUUUUGAAUCUGAAUAGCAGCACUGAUUGUAUUAUAAGUUUGCUGGUCUUGAUUUUCUGUUGACAGCGAAAACAUAUUGUCUAAUACCAUUCUUUUCUUUUUA